AUGGGAAAGAAGCCAAAUUGGUUUUCCAAUGUGAAAAAAGCUCUUAGUCCUGUCUCAAAGGAAAACAAACAACAGAAUUCAAGUGGAUCAAAGAAGAAAUGGUUUGGGAAGAAAAAAUUAACCACUUCAGAAUCAUAUCCAGAAACUGAUCAAGCACCUCAUUUUCCUCAACCUGAGGAGGAGAAUAUUUUAACUCAUGUUGAGAAUGAAAAUAUUCAUGAUCGUGUUGAAGAUGUAACAGGCGUGGAUGAUGAUAUAGCUGUUCAUGAUGUUAUGACAGAAACUGCUGAGGUUCAAGUUCAAGUCACUCCAAUUGUUCGGAUUGUCGGUGUACCAAAUGACGAAGUUGCGGCAACCAAGAUUCAAACCACUUUUCGGGGAUACUUGGCCAGAAGAGCAUUGCGGGCUUUAAGGGGGCUGUUCAGGUUGAGAUCGCUAAUGGAAGGGCCAGUGGUAAAACGUCAAGCCAUUAGUACCCUUCGCUCUAUGCAGACUUUAGCUCAUGUGCAAUCCGAGAUUCGAUCGAGGCGGAUCAGGAUGUUAGAGGAAACCCAAGCUCUGCAAAAACAGCUCUUACAGAAGCACACAAAGGAGCUAGAGAGCAUACAGAUUGGGGAGGAAUGGGAUGAAAGUAUACAAUCAAGAGAACAAGUUGAAGCCAAAUUACUAAGCAAAUACGAGGCUACUAUAAGAAGAGAAAGAGCAAUGGCUUAUUCAUUCACUCAUCAGAAAAACGGGAGGAAUUCAUCGAAAUCUAUAAAUCCAAUGUUUAUGGAUCCAACCAAUCCUGCUUGGGGAUGGAGCUGGUUGGAACGUUGGAUGGCAGCCAACCAAAAUCCGAUAGAAAAAGAGAAAAACAACAAUCCAUCUCUAAAAAGUUCAGUUUACAGCAUUACCAGUUCUGAAAUAAGCAAAUCAUUUGCUCGUUUCCAGCUCAAUACCGAAACUCAUUCUCCGACAGCCAGCCAAAAUCCGGGUUCACCGAACUUCCAUUCCAAUUCAAAGCCUCCUAAGCCAGCAGUUGGUAAGAAACUGAAUAAGGCAAGCCCAAAGGAGAGUAUUAUUCUUGACGAUGACACCAAAAGCAUGAUGAGUAUGCAGUCGGAGCGAGUCCAAAGGAGGCACUCCAUUGCUGGAUCAAUAGUGAGGGAUGAUGAAAGCCUUGCAAGCUCUCCAUCAGUUCCAAGUUACAUGGUGUCAACAAAAUCUGCAAAAGCUAAAUCCAGGUUGCAAAGUCCAUUAGCUGCAGAGAAUGGAACACCGGAUAAAGGGUCCAUUGGAAAUGCAAAGAAGCGGCUUACUUUCCCGGCUUCGCCUGGCAGACCAAGGCGGCAUUCAGGUCCACCAAAGGUGGAAAGCAGCUUAAAUGCAGAAAUUACUGUUGGCAAUGGUGUGGCUGGUUGA